UUCUCCUCUUCACUGCAUACAUACACCCUUCGUUUCUUGAUUCUUCUUCUUCUUCUUCUUCUCUCUCUCUCUCUCUCUAUUUCUGUUUCCUUGGAUUUCAGUUUCCAAAGUAUCUGCAGCCGAUAUUUCCUUUUCCGGGGGUAUCAGAGUGUGGAAUCUGUUCGCUCAGAGCAAAUCCGAGGAAUCUGAAAAAAUCUCCGAUUCCGAUUCCCCUACGAAUUUGUUCCCGAGAUAUUUUCCAACGCUCUGCUGAGUUAAACUCUAAUUCGUUGAGAGAAGACUCGUUCUGAUCUGGUGGCAAUGGCUGUUGAGCAGCAAAAUGAAGGAACUGCACCAAAUUCGGCUAUUGUGGCUGAUAACUACCGCUCUGAUGGUUUUGCUCAGUCUGAAACAGUGGUCCAACAUUCUUUCGGGAAUUACCAUAUGACUAAGGUAAGGAAACCUUAUACGAUUGUAAAGCAAAGAGAAAAAUGGACGGAAGAAGAGCAUGAGAGGUUUCUUGAAGCCUUAAAGCUGUAUGGUCGUGGUUGGCGUCAAAUCGAAGCACAUGUAGGCACCAAAACUGCGGUUCAGAUUCGAAGUCAUGCUCAAAAAUUCUUCUCUAAGGUGGUCCGGGGAUCUGGUAGUAGCACUGGAAGCUCCAUUGAACUGGCUGAGAUACCUCCUCCAAGGCCGAAGAAGAAACCCUUGCAUCCUUACCCUCGUAAAUCAGAUUCUCUUAAUGGAGUAUCAGUGACAAAUAAUUGUGAAGGGUCUCCAUCUUCAAAUUUGUUGGUUACUGAGAAAGACACCAGUUCUCCCAAGUCUGUUUUGUCUGCAGCUGGGUCAGAUUCAUUGGGGUCUGCAGUUUCAGAGCAGCAGGGCGUUUGUCCUUCACCCACUUCAUCUCCAAAUUUGUUGGUGACUGAGAAAGAUACCAGUUCUCCCACUUCUGUUUUGUCUGCAACUGGGUCAGAUUCAUUGGGGUCUGCAGUUUCAGAGCAGCACAGCGUUUGUCCUUCGCCCACUUCAUGCACAACUGACAUACACUCAGUCGGCUCAUCACCUUUUUCAUCAACCCUGGAGAACUUUUUGUCCAUGAAAUUUGAGUUAGCUUCCAGGGACACCUUAAGUACCAAAGGAGAUGAAGCCAUGGUAGCACCUGUGACAAGUAUCAAGCUUUUUGGAAGGGAAGUUUUGGUGACAGAUUCCCAGAAACCAUGUUCUCCAGGUGCUGAGAAUACAGAGAAGCUUCCUAAAACAUUACCAUCAAACCAAUUAGACACACAUCUAUCACCUGAAAUAGUUGAUUGUAAUUGGAAAUUAUUGCCAUGUCGAGCGCCAGUUAGACGUGUGGAAGAUAUGAAAGAAAACACCAACUCUGCAGAAGCCAACCCUUAUGCUUCUCUGCCAUGGUGGACUUUGUGCCCAGGCCUGCCAUUUUAUUACCUCCCCCCAGCAUAUGACCAAUCGUCAGUUCAAAUACCAGCAGAUUCUCGUGUGGAAGAAAAAACAGAGGGGGAUAUUCUGAAGGAAAGAUCUUGUCCUGGUUCGAAUUCUGCAUCGGUUAGUGAAGCAGAAAAUGGAGAGAAGAACUUAAAUGGCGUUGAUUCUGAGUGUCAAGAACCUCUCCACAUUAGCCCCCGCAAGUCUAUGAAAGGAUUUGUUCCCUACAAAAGAUGUCUAGCAGAGAGGGAUAGAAGCUCAUCAAUGGUUGUUUUGGAGGAGAGGGAGGGGCAAAGAGCUCGAGUUUGCAUAUAGCACCCUCCACUUGAAUUCCAUAAUUAGGUUGUUUUGGGACAGGAAUUGGUCGUUUUGAGUUGACUGAUUCGUACUUACUUUGCCUCAGUUCUCCACAAGAGCUCCCUUCAAGUCACUUUCUAUCUUGGUAUCCAAAGGAUAUUUUUAGAAAGUAGUGUUACUUAACUUACUUUGUAGCAAUCUUUGUAAUAUUGUGUCUGGAUUCAUUCUUUCAAACAUAAUAAUGUUGGUAGUCCAAUACUUGAUCAUAAUCAUGUCAGACCUUAUGGUAAUAGCUGCUGAAGUUGGAAUUUUGAAGCUGCUGAAGUUGGAAUUUUGAAU